AUGCGUCUUCGCUUAGUUGCGUUGACGGUUGUGGCCACCCUGCUGUCGACUGGUAAUGCAGACUCGACCCCCACGUAUGGUCGCAAGGGUGUGGUUGCUUUGGGCGCACACCGAGGCGACACUACCGGCGCGAGGCUUCUGAGGGGUGUCGAGAACGAGAACGAAGAUGACGCAAGCGACGAAGACCGGUUGUAUCUCCCCGGACUCGAAACUGUGUCCAACUACAUUUGGUCCCUCUCUGGACCCAAGGUCACCUCCAAGACGAUCGACGGCUGGCUCAAGAAGGGCGAGUCCACGGACGACGCGGAGCCGUUCAACCGCCGGAACCCGGGUAACGAAGCCACCAUGUCCAACAUAUUCAGAAAGGCCUACGGCGACGAGAAGCUGGCGAAGAUCCAGCAAACUGCCAAGGGGGUUAAGGAAACGGAAUCGCUGGCGAAGGCGCUGCAGGUCCAGCAGUUUAAGCAGUGGAUCGACGAACGGAUGAAUCCGAAGUACGUCUUCAGCUCAGUGUUCAAGCUGUCGACCGACUAG